AUGGCGGGAGCCUGCUCGCUGCUGCUUGCCGCCGCUGCGCACCCGGCCGCGGCGGCGGUGGAGGCGGGGGGGCUCUUCAACGGUGUUGCCCCCACCGCCGCCGGCGCACCCGGCGGAUUCGGCGGCAGCAGGGGUGCAAGUUGCGGCAGCGGCGGCGGAGGCCGGCGCCGCGGGUUCGCCGAGUACUCGACGCGCGGCUGCUUUGUCUUGUGCGUAACGCCGAGCUCGGCAAAGGCGGCGGCGGCGGAGUCGAAGCGCCGCUCGUCUGGACGGGCAGCAGGCGGAGGCGGCGGCGGCGGCAGGCUGGUGGCGACGUCCUCGGUGAGAAGGACGCGGGCCGGAGCCGUCGCGUCGCAGCCUAUCCUCGCGGGGGCGUUUCUGAACCGAGGGAACUUGGACCAGCGUGGCGUUGCCAACCGUGGUGGUGAUGGUUGUGAGUCUUUGGGUUUGAACAGAGGUGGUGGUGGUAGUGGUGGCGAUGAGGUCGGUUCUGGGGGUGGGGCUCGCGCGCUCGAGUGUGCGAUGGAGGAUGACCGGAAGGGGGGGCACUCACGGGGACGCUUCCGACAGGUCUUGAACAAGAUGAGAGGGCGUGCUGCUGCGCCACCGCCUGUCGCCGUAGCAGCGGCGGGGAGCCAGAUGAUGUACGACCCGGGUCAGCAUCGGGAAGAGGAGGCCGUGGACCUGGAGAGCCUUAGGGCCGGAGGCAACGCCAGCACGUUCAAUGCCGACGCCCACUGCCCGACGUGCCGAAAACAAGUGCCCUUCACGGAAGCUGGCGUGGUGUCGAAGCUGCUCUUCGCUUGGGUCGGGCCGCUGAUGGCUCGAGGGAACAAGAAGGCCAUCGCCGAGGAGGACCUGUGGGAGAUGCCGCAAGACGAACAAAUGCAGUCCGUCGCGGACGCCUUCGAAGCAGCGUACGCGAAGGAGAGCGCCGCUGACGCCGCCGUCCACCAAGGGUCGGACGGCCAGGGGAAGGGCAGGGGCUCCGCGGUGGUCACCGGCGAGGGUAUCUGGAGGAAGCGUCACCCCCUGGUGCCGGGGCUGCUGGACACGGCCCUGAUGCGCUCGCUCUACCUCCUGUACAGGAAGCCCUUCCUGACGGCGGGGGCGCUGCGGUUCAUGAACACGUCGGUGCAGUUUCUGCCCGCUAUCUUGGUGCAGCGCCUGCUGAGGCUUCUCGAGUCUGGCAUUGCGGCCGGGGGCGCGGGGGCGGUGAAGAAGGCCUACACGAUCUGCGCCAUGCUGUUCGCAGCGGUGUCCCUAAAGACGGCCAUCGAGAAUCAGUACUUCUACGCCACCAACAACAUCGGCACCAGCACGCGUGGCGUCCUCAGCACGGCGGUGUACCGGAAGAGCCUGCGGCUCUCGCCGUCCGCUCGCCAGAACGCGACGGUGGGCGAGAUCGUGAACUACAUGCAGAUAGACGCGGGAAGGCUGGAGAACUUGGCCGGCAGCGUGCACACCAUCUGGGACUCCGUUUUCCAGCUGAACACGGCUCUUUUCAACGAGCUCAGCACCUACAGGGCCGAGAUGUCCAAGCAAACCGACUUGAGGGUCAAGCUCGUGAACGAGAUGCUUCAAGGCAUCCGGGCCAUCAAGUUCUACAACUGGGAGACGCCGUUCCGAGAGCGGGUGGAGAAGAUACACGACGCCGAGCUGAGCAUCUUCCGGAGGGCGGUCACGAAACGCUCGCUCGUCGUUUCGGUCCUAUCGACUACCCCGGCCAUCGUCAUCGCCGUAACGCUCGGCCUCUACAGCAUGCUGGGGAACGCCUUGACGCCCUCGAAGGUGUUCACCUCCCUCACACUCUUCAACCAGCUGCGCCUGCCGCUCUUCUUCUUCCCCGCCACCCUCAACGCUUUCGCUGACGCCAAGGUUUCUGUGGGGCGCCUCUCACAGUUCUUGAAUACGGAGGAAGUGGUUCCAUACGUGCAACGGCAGAACGGGGUCCCCGCGGGUGCGGAGGGCGGGGUUGGGGGAAAGAUUUAUCCGGAGGACGUUUGCGUCAGCAUGAAGGAGUGCGUUUUCUACUGGACUGGGGAGGGGGACGGGGAGGGGCAAGAGCAGGAGGUGUUGCUGCCCGGCCGGACCCGUCGCACAGUGCCUCCCGCUCUGCACGGGUGCACCCUGGAGGUUAAGAAGGGAGAGCUCGUGGCCGUCGUCGGGGCGGUUGGCAGUGGCAAGUCGAGCCUUCUUGCGGCCCUCCUGGGAGACCUCAAGCACGUGUCCGGCGACAUCUACGCCGCGGGUGCCCUCGCGUACGUCCCCCAGACGGCGUGGAUCCCUAACGACACCGUGAGAAACAACGUGCUGUUCGGGAAGCCGUACGACCAGAAGAAAUACGACAAGGUUCUGGAUGUCUGCCGCCUAAGGAGGGACUUGGAGCUAUUGGAGAACGGCGACAUGACCGAAAUCGGCGAGCAGGGCAUCAACCUCUCCGGAGGGCAAAAGCAACGACUGUCUCUGGCCCGCGCGCUGUAUAGCGAUGCCGAGCUCUUCUUGCUGGACGACCCGCUGUCGGCGCUCGACGCUGAGGUGGGGAAGCAAGUGUUCGAGCGGUGCGUGAGGGACAGCCUCCAAGGAAAGACUCGCAUCCUGGUCACCAACCAGCUGCAGUUCCUGCCUCAGGUGGAUAAAAUCGUGGUGAUGGGCCAGCUGCCUGGAGCAGAAGGGUCGACCAUCGUGGACCAGGGGACCUACGAGGAGCUGGUGGGGAGAGGAAGGGACUUCAGCAAUAUUCUUGCCGAGCAGAAGAAAAAGAAGAAGGUCUCGGAAGAAGAAGCAGAAGCGCAGCAGGCCAUCGAGACUGUCGUCCAGCAUGACGGUCAAGCUUCCCCGGCGCACACGGACGUGUCCACCGACUCCACGGCCGCGCCGGCGGCAGUACACGCCCACGCAGCGCAAGAGCAUCAGCCGUCGCCCCCAGCCACCGGUAGGACGGCGGCGCAACAGUCUUCUGAGGGAGUUCCGCCAAGGGCGGCGGCGGCAGGGGGGUGGGGCGGGACCAGCAGGGAGUCCGGCGUGUUGAUGGGCGAGCAGAGCAACGAAGAUUUGUUCUCGCACGUUGUCCUGGAGGAGGGGGACUGCGGACCAGUCGCUGCCCUGCAGAGUGCGCAGCAAGCCGAGAGCGUUGCGCUGGGUGGAAACGAUACCGCUAACACGAGCAAAGGCGGUCUCAUGACGUCCGAGGAACGCUCGACGGGAGCCGUCGACCGCCAGGUGUACGUGGAAUACAUGAAGGCGCUGGGCCCGAGAGUGGUGCUGCUGAGCCUGGUAGCGGUGUUCGUGGUGUCCAACUUCACCGUGCAGAUACAGCAGUGGGUGGUGUCCUUCUGGUCGUCGGACCCGCUCUACGCCCGCCACCCCCUGGGUUUCUACCUGUUCGGCGUUACGGCCUCCGCGGCGGUGGUCGGUGUCUUCUCCCACCUCCGCACCAUGUGGGCCUUCUACCUCGGCCUCGGCGCCAGCAAGCGUCUGCACGGGGCGCUCUUGAGGAGGGUGUUGCACGCCCCCGUGAGCUUCUUCGACACCACGCCGGUGGGGCGCAUCAUCCAGAGGUUUUCGAAGGACACUGACCAGGUGGACCAGAACCUGAUAUCCCAAGUUGCCAUGGUCAUCAACGGGGGGCUCGGAGUGCUGGCUGCCGGGUGCGCCAUCAUCGUGGCCACUCCGGUAUUCGCCUUCAUCCUGGCGCCCCUCUCCAUCGUGUACAUCCGAGUGAUGAACUACUUCAGACAUGUCGCGAUCGAGCUCAAGCGACUGGAGUCGAUCACAAAGUCUCCCAUUUACGCGCAUUUCACGGAGACCCUGGGAGGUUUGUCGGCGAUUCGGGCGUUCGGACACGUCAACCUGUUUGCGAGGACGAACGAGAGGCUCGUAGACAACAACCUUGCGUCUCACUUUGCACUCAAGGUGGUGGACCGUUGGCUCUCGGUACGCCUGGAGAUGCUGGGGAACUUCGUGGUCCUGAUGGCCACCCUGCUAUCCGUCUUUGCGGCCAGCAACGGCAGGCUAGUCGCUGGUCUCGCCGGACUUUCCAUCACGAACGCUCUCAGCGUGACCGGGCUGUUGAACUGGGCCGUCCGGUGCGUCUCCGAGACGGAAAUGGUGAUGAACUCGGUGGAGCGGGUGCUCUACACUUCGCAGCAGACGCCGCAGGAGCCGCCGCACCACGUCAGCAGACCGAGGCAUCCCUACUACCACCAGCUGUCCGGCCUCACUGGGGAGAGUCUCCCGGUCAUCCCGGAGGAGUCGCUGCUCACCAACUGCCCGGACGACCGUCAGCUGCUGAGGUCAGGCUGGCCGUGGGAAGGCCGCAUCGAGCUCCGUGAUGACGUCACCAUGCGGUACCGCCCGGACACCGACCUGGUGCUCAAGGGGGUCACCCUGACCAUAAGGCCUGGAGAAAAGAUCGGCAUCGUCGGGCGAACCGGCAGCGGCAAGAGCUCCCUCAUGCAGGUGUUGUUCCGCAUGGUGGACUGCGAGGACGGGUCGAUCGCCAUCGACGGCGUCGACACCAAGGCUAUCGGGCUUGCCGCUCUCAGGUCGAGGCUGACCAUCAUCCCUCAGGAGCCUGUGCUGUUCAGUGGUUCGCUGCGGGCGAACCUCGACCCGUUCGAAGUCUACACGGAUGAGGAGGUGUGGGAUGCCCUCGAGCAGGCUUCCUUGGCUGCAACGGUCAGGAGGUUUCCGAACAGCCUCCUGGAGCACGUGGCGGAGUACGGGGAAAGCCUCUCUGCCGGGCAGAGGCAGCUCGUGUGCCUGGCUAGGGCGCUGCUGCGGAAGACGCGGGUGCUGCUGCUUGACGAGGCGACGUCUUCGGUGGACUACGAGACAGACAACGUCAUACAGUCCACGCUCAGGUCUGCCUUCCGAGACUGCACGGUGUUAACGAUCGCUCAUCGCCUCAACACGAUCAUGGACUCGGACCGCAUCCUUGUCAUGGAUGACGGAAAGGUGGCUGAGCUCGACUCUCCCGCCGCGCUCCUCGAGGACCCCACGUCUCAGUUCUCGCAGCUGCUGGCGUCGGAGCGGCGACAGUCUUCGCGUCCCGCUGACGAAGCGGAGACUGAUGCCACCGCCGCCGCUGUCCACGACGAGGAGCACGACCACCGGGAGUUGGACAAGAUUGUCGGCGUGGUUGGCGGCGGUGAGGGUUCGGCCGCAGCGGCAGCGGCGACGGCAACGGCGACGGCGGCGGCGGCGGCGGAGGCACCCCCUCCGUCCCAGUAACAAGGGAUAUCGCUCGCUUGGGGCAAGAAGAGUUGUUGUUUGUAUGGGGCGGAAGCAAGACGGUUGUGCUCGCCACCGGGGAGACAAUCAGUAUCGCUCGCGGAGGAAGAGGUUUUGUGCAGUUCGAGUCCACGAAAAUCAUCCUAUCCUCUUCCCACGGCGUCCUCUACGCGGUUGCGCGAUACCUGAUUCUGUUUCUUGUGUUGGAACCGUCGCCUGCUGCUGGCAGUACUUGCGGUCAGGUUGGGGCAGAGGAAAAGCCGCUAUGACACAACCGCUCUCUCUUUGGGUACGUACCGCGUACGAUAGAAUAUGUGUGAUACGCGCGCGGGUGUCCAACGGUGAACUGCGUUCUUUUCCUCUCCCAGGGGAGUACGCCAAGAAACAUAUCUCUCUCUGUGUCGCCGCCGUACGUACCAUUCGGCCUCGAGAGCGGAUGUCGUAUUUCCUCCGCUAGAGUUUCGUGCUGUGCGACGUAUGUUUGCGCGACAGGGAGGGGGCGGGGCAGCUUGUUCGUGUUUGUUGUUGUCCUUGUGGGUUGACUUGUAGUUUGUGUCCACCUGCCUGUUCCGAAACGCUUCGAAGCUAUCUAGGUGUAUGUUGUUCGUUUUUUGGCAUCCCUCGUUUUUUUCUGCCUUGAGGUUCUUGUCUUCCCCCUCUUCCCAUUCCCAUUCCCAUCGGCGUCGCCUCGUUGCAAGCACCUGCCAGUAUCCUCCACUCAUCCCCAAUAUGGGUGUCAAGUCACCACGAGAGGUGACUGAGAGAGAGCUCGCCUCCUCCAUCACGAGAAGAAAACGCGCGGAUGAAAUCGUGCCGUUUCGUGUUUUCAUCGAACGGACCUACAGGGAACAGUCCGUUCGUGUGCCGCUUGGGCCAACAGCGAGCUCCUCCUUCGGUUGUGAUACGCAUGUGUGGUUGAUCCGAUGCAUGCGGCGAUAGUAGUAUUCGUGUAGAAGUGUCGGAAGCAAACGUGGAUGUACCCCCCUUGAUGUUUCGGUUGGUCUACGUCGGGCCUAGCUGACUUUGCGGGCCUCGACAAAAGUAUGUGGCACUAUGUAGAUGUUUCAACAGCGAUUUAUUUGAUUUCUCAUGUGCUCUGUUCAUACGGGGUCUACGAUGUGUGAAAACCAUUGCUGGGGGGGCGGGGGGGGGGGCUAUAUCCGAUUGUGCGGUGGUUUGCAGCGGUACGCGGCCCAGCAAACGAUUCGGCGCACUUAACAGCAGAGAGUUAAGGCUUGUGUGAAUUGCAGCAUGGCGAUGAUGAUGAUGAUGCUGAUGAUGAUGAUAGACGGAAGGUUAAGACGCUUGCAAUCAAUUUACGGCGAACGGACGCGUCGUUGGUGUUGGACACCCUGCAAGAAAAUAUUAACGAAGUGUAAAUUUUUUUGUAAUGGCACAGAAACUUGAGUAUGGCUAAUGGUUUGGCGUGAUGGUAACGGGAGAUGUAUAAGAGCGCGACAGCUCGCAUGUGUCGGGUUCGGAUUAAUGCAUGCAUGUGCGGGGGUGGGGCUCUGGUUGACUGGGAACGCUCGCUUGGCGUUGGUGGGAUGGCGUGGACCCGAACACUAAAUUCAAUACCCCCCGCGAACA